AUGGUUUCUUCUAAUAUUAAAACUUUUACUCUUCUUGCAACUUUUGGAUUGAUUCUUGCUAUUUCUGCACAUCCAUUUCCAAAAGAAAAUGGUGGAAGAUUUCCAUGGAGAGGACCAAGGGGACCAUAUCCAAAAGACUUUGAAGAUAUAUUACCAGAAGCUGUUAAAGAACAACUCAAGACUAUCUAUGAAGAUAAAAGUUUGAGAUGGAGAGAAAGAAAAGAUAAGAUUGAUGAAGUUAUGAGUAAUCUUCCACAAGAAAUUAAAGAAAAGCUUCCUGUUCCACCAGAGUAUCGUGAUCUUCCAAAAGAAAUUCAAGACCAACUUAAAGCCAUCAAACUUGCACCAAAAUUGACAAGAGAAGAAAAAAGAAAUAAAGUUAAAAGUUUAAUUGAUUCUCUUCCAGAAGAAACCAAAAAACUUAUUAAACCAAGACCAUUCCCAUUCCCACCAAUGGGACCACCAAAAGAAUUUGAGGAAGUUCUUGGAACUCAAGUAUUUAACAAACUUAAAAAUAUUCAUGAAAAUAAAGAACUUUCACCAUCAGAAAAAUGGGCAAAUGUUGAAGAAAUCAUGAAAAGUCUUCCAACAGAAGUAUUAGAAAAACUUCCACUUCCUCCACAUCUCAGAAAUUUACCAGAAGACAUUCAAGAAAAACUUAAAAAAAUCUUUGUUGACAAAACACUUUCAUUCCAAGAGAAAAGACAAAAAUCAAGAGAAUUAAUUAAAACUUUACCUGAAGAAAUCAGAAAAUCAAUUAGACCACCAAUGCCAUCAUUUAUUGAAAAAUUACCAGAAAGUAUUAAAAGUCAAAUUGAAAAAAUUUUCAAAGAUGAGACUAUUGGAAGAAGAGAAAAAUUUGAAAAAGUCCGUGACAUAAUAGAUGAUUUACCAAAAGAAGAGAGAGAAAAACUUUUUCCAGAACAUAAUACUGCUCCACAACCUGCUGAAGAAAUAUUUGUUUAA